UAUAUCUCAAACGUUCACCAUUUCUUCCACUCAGCCGCCACGUCAAUGAUCAUCCGUUGAAAAACGAAUCUCACAAACCCCCAUUUUAUCUCUCUACAACAACCGUUUCCCAUUUUCCGGCAACACUUUCCGGCGAUACUCUGAUGGAAUCCAAAGUUGAAACAGCGUCAGUAACACCCUCGAAGCUGAAACAAACCGGCAAAUCUAAACUGCCGGAGAAUGUAAACCCUAACGUUACAAGCCCUAAUUUGAAAGCUUCGAAAUCUCCGGCGGUUAAAUCGGCAAUUAAAAGCCAGAGAUCUGAGAAGAUCUGUUCGCCUUCUCCGAAGAAGAAGAUCCGUGAGCGGAAGUUUGUGGUGGCCAAGAAGAACGCGAAGAGAGAGAAUAAUAAAACCCUAGGUUCAGUCAAUUGCAAGUGUAAGGCUGGCGUGGAUUCUAGUAGGUGUUUGUGUGUUGCUUAUGAGACGCUUAGGGCUUCACAGGAGGGAUUUUUUAAGAGUCAGAUUGAAGCCGCUGUGAAAGAAGAGGAAGAGAAGCAGAUUGAGAGUGGAAACCCUAAUUUACCGGUGUCGAGUGAGGCGAAAUCGGAAGAAGAUGGAGUGGUUGAGACGUCUGGUGAGAAGAGAAGACGGGAGAAGUUGUUGGAUUCAGGAACUGGAUCUGGAAGAGUGAUGAGUUUGAUCAAGGCGUUUGAGAAUAAACUUACAUUACCCAAGGUGGAUGAUGAUGAUGAUGAUGAUGAUGUUGAGAAGGAGAAAGAGGAGGAGCGUGUUGAAGAUUGGAAGAAAUGUGAUUCGAAAUGGGAGUUUUCAUCAUCUUCGUUCUGUUCGCCUGAUCUUUUACUCACUGCAGAGAAUUUAGGGUUGAAUUCGCGUGUUUCGUCUUCGUUGGAUAGCAAGCGUGGGAGCAUUUCGAACAGGACAUCAAAUGGCGGGAGGCGAAGCAGACGGAAUAGCUCUGAAUCAGCUUCAACUUUAGGUGGAAGCAGAUGGAAAAGGAGGACAAAUAGGGCUACUUCCCAGCAACCGUUCAUGCUCAGAACAGAGCAAAGAGGAAGGUCAAAGCAAGAAGAAUUCAUGAAAAAGGUCCAGGAGAUGAUGAUCGAGCAAGAAAAGCAAAGGAUCCCCAUUGCCCAAGGCCUCCCAUGGACAACCGAUGAACCAGAGUGCUUGGUGAAACCGCCUGUUAAAGAGAGUACAAAACCCGUUAAUUUGGUGUUGCACAGUGAUGUGAGAGCUGUGGAACGAGCCGAGUUCGACCAUCAGGUACUGGAAAAGCUAUCGUAUAUUGAACAAUACAGAUUGGAAAGAGAGAGAUUACAGAAGAUGGAAGAAGAGGAGGAAUUAAGGAGGUUAAGGAAGGAGCUUGUACCAAAGGCUCAACCAAUGCCGUACUUUGACAGACCAUUCAUUCCACGAAGGUCAGAGAAGCAACCUACGAUACCAAAGGAACCAAAGUUUCACAACCACCCUCAGCAUAAGAAGGUCAAGUGCUGUGGCAGCAUCUCAUCUUGGAGUGACAUGUGUGCUCAAUCCCAGUGACAUUGUUGGGGACUGCUACUAGUGAGCAAAGGAAAUAUGAUCCACUUUUCUUUUGGUCCGAAAGAAUAUUCUUUUCUAUUGAAUUUGUGUAAAUGAUGCAACUGAAACUGGCUGCAGUUUUGGGUGAACAAUGUUUGAUUUGUUACACAGGUAAUCGCCCGUGUCAUUCUCUUAAUGAAUUACCUUUUGAGAUGUCA